AUGGAAGAGUGUUCCAAUGAUGUUAAUCAAGAGAGUGGUGCUAAUGUUGAAGGUGAUCAAGGUGCUGAUAUAAAUUACAAGAAGAGGAUUGAAGAUUCAAUGCAACCCCUAUAUCCUUCUUGUGAUGGGCAACAUACGAAGUUGUCUGCAACAAUUGAAUUGCUAAGUAUGAAAGCUAGACAUAAUUGUUCUGAUGGAUUCUUAACUGAGUUGUUGAAAUUUAUGAAGACGAUUCUACCUGCUGGGAAUACAGUACCAGCAACAUCCAAUAAAGCGAAGGCUAUGAUUGAACCUUUUCGAUUGAAGUGUGAAAUUAUACAUGCUUGCCCGAAUGAUUGCAUUCUUUACCGGAAGGAAUAUGCUGACAUGGAUGAAUGUCCUAAUUGUAAAGCAAGUAGAUGGAAACCAGUUGAUACGAAGAAACCACAUGCCAAAAGAGUGCCAACGAAAAAACUAAGAUAUUUCUCAGUUGCUGAAAGGUUGCAGCGCAUAUUUAGUAUACCACGGAUAGCAGAGCUGUUGAAUUUCCAUGAGAAGAGAAAUGUGCGUUUAGGACUGGCAACCGAUGGAUUUAACCCUUUCGGAAUGAACUAUCCCCAUAGUUGUUGGCCCGUUAUGCUUGUACCGUUGAACCUGCCCCCAUCAUACUGCAUGGCUAAAGAAUUUACAAUGUUGACACUACUGAUUCCUGGUCCAACUGAACCAGGCCAUAACAUCGAUGUUUAUUUGCAGCCGUUAGUCGACGAGUUGAAAGAGUUAUGGUCCAUUGCAAAGUUGACAUAUGAUGCUCAUACAAAGAGUAACUUUACGUUGAAAGCAAUCUUAAUGUGGCGUGUGCAUGACUUUCCGGCCUUUGGACAUGUUUCUGGUUGUAGAACAUUGGGAAGAUUUGGUUGUCCUGUGUGUGGUGAAAAGACAGAUGCAAUCCGGCUAAAAAAUGGACGUAAAUUCAGCUACACGGGUCAUAGAAGAUUCUUACCAGCUGACCACCCCUUCAGAAAUGCUCCAUCCCGUUUUACCGGAGCCCAAUUGUUGACGAAGAUGAAUAGUGUGCGAACAGAAUUUGGGAAGUUCACAAGUAGGAUGGAAAAAACAUCAAAUUCUACUGGGAAAAGGCGUUUGACGGGUGUCCAACUGUUGAAAACUGUGAGUCGUGUACGCACUGAAUCCUGUCGAGCAACAGGUAAGAGGAAACGGACGGUUGAUACAAGUAUUCCGCCAAAUAUGAAGAAGCGAUCAGUUGAUACAAGCACUCCGUGGUCAAAAAGAUCAAUCUUAUUUGAUUUGCCUUACUGGGAGGUAACUAAUUUAACAGUAUUAUUAUUUAAUUUGUCUGCUUUGAUGAUGAGAACAUUCAAUGUUUUUGGUCGCAACAAAAACUAUAUAGAGGGAUCUAUUACAGAACAAUAUGUAUUAGAUGACGCAUUGAGACAUUGUAUGGAGUACAUUCUGAAUGGUAGGAAGAAGUGCUACAAGAAAAAGGGAAGGAUAUCUAAUGACGAUGACAUUCAGGAAGGUCCAUACCCGCCAAAUAUGUCUGAAGGAAAAAGAUAUCAUAUACUUAACCCACAGUACGAACAAGCACGCAGAUGGGUUUUGAUGCAUUCUCAAGAAAAUACUAAAUGGGAAAAGAAGUAUGACAGAUUACAUGUUAGAGGAAGAAGGAAUUCAAGGAACCCUGAUGAAUACAUGAAAUGGCUAACGCAACAAUUUCAGGGAAAAGACAUGACAGAUUCUAAGCGGCUCGUUGAUGGUCCAUCUAGAUAUGCAGUAUCACAUAAUGCAUAUGCAGUAAAUGGAUAUAUCUUUUAUACAGCUGAUGCAGAAAAAGGUAUGUCCACCCAGAAUAGUGGAGUGUCAAUGAAUGCCACAACCACAUUCAUAGCAAGUUCCAGAGAUCAGAACACGGUGUACGAAGAAGUUCCAUAUUUCGGAAUUGUUAAACAAAUUCUAGAACUGGAUUACACCACCUUCAAGCAAACUGUUUUUUAUUGUGAUUGGGUUCGUGUCCAAGACAAGGUGAAUGGAUGGUAUGUGGAUCAGGUUAGAAGACAAAUUUAUGUAAACUUCGAAAGGUUUAUGGAAAACACAAAAGACGCCGAUGAGCCAUUUAUUCAUUCUUCUCAAGCUACUUCUGUUUUUUAUUGCAAGGAUGAGAGUAUGCCUGAUAGGAAGUGGCAUAUUGUUUUAGAAUCUCCAAAACGACGAGGUCCUUAUGUGAAUUAUUUUGAGGAUCCUUUUGUCUUUACUGGCGUAGCUAAAGAAUCUUCCCUAACGACAGCAAACUUACAUGAUAACAGUAAUUCGGAAGAUGCAUUUAUAAGUUUAAGUUUUUUGAAUUAA